GGCCGUGUUCCUCCCCUGAAAAUACGACCGUCCGCUCCGUCGGCGGCGAAGCAGUCCCGCAACGGUAGAACCACGCCGGCGCCGCCGGUCUAGCCCUAUCAUGUAAUGUGCCGCGAAUCGAUGUACCGGGCAGGCCCGUGUUCAUCUGGAGAUAUGGCGGGGUCUCGGCGACGUCGCCCCUCUGCAUCUCCGUCGGCGGCGACGCGCUCCGACGCCCCUCCGCAUCUCCUCCGGCGUCGCAGCGUCUCGAUGCCGUAGAAGCCUCUCCCUGUAUCGGUGCACCUUGCUUAUGCUUGCUCACUGUUAGAACUUCUUGUGAUGUGAUAGAUAGUACUACUAGGAACCUCAAAUUUAAUUUGCCCUCAUUCUUCAAGCUCGCUUGUGGUGUGGAUUGGUUGUCUUGUCUAUUGUGAUGCUCGAAUUUAUCACCGGUGCUGGUCACUGAAGGUUCACAGCAGUACAACCCAUCACAUUUGAGCUCACAACUUAGCAGAAGCAUACGUCUGUGUCUCUUGCUUGCUAGACCUAACUGCAGAGUGUCCUCGGCGCUGCAGAACCAUCCAUGUACGGAAAAAUGCAUAUGUUCAGCAUUGAUCAUGUAGUAUUUCUGAAUUCUGACCAACCAUAUCUGACAAAUAUAAUUGAAGGCGCAAGCAAAAGUGUGUCGUAUUUAGAAAUGUUCAGACCGUGCCUUGAAAAUUAUAAUAUUUUUAACGAUUCAAUGUUAUGCAUGUACGAUUUGUUUUGCUUGUUUUAACAACUUCUGUCAACGUAAAACAAUUAGCAAAAGUGCGCCUCAUUUCUACAUAAUGAUAGUUCUCACACUCGGCUUCUGCAUCAGGCCUAUUUGUCUUAUCGUGCCCCACCUUGGCAGCCUCUAAGAAAGCUAGUAUUCACACAUCGUAAGCUGUCUGUUUGACUAUACCUGGUAACCUUAGAACAUUUUCGGGUGUGGCUGAUGCUAGCAAGUUCUCUUUUGGUGUGGCUAAAAUGAGUAUUUCUGUGCGUACUAAAUUACUAAAUUUGCUUGGACGCUUUGGAACAAGGAUAAAUUGUGUGGAUCACGAUUCAUAACAGGCUCAGCGAGCACAAGGUUUUUUUAUUGUUGUUGCAAGUAGUCUGCGUAAUGUUUUUAGCAUUGUAUAAGUAUUUUCUGGUUUAUAUAGGUACGCCGAGCAAGUCAACCUCAGAUUGCAUUAGAGAGCAAGAAACCCUAUAGUAGGUCUUAUAGAAGAUUCCAUGUAGCACAUUUCUCCAAGCUAUAAAUAGGAUUAGAGAAAUCAGCCACAUUCUGCAACAUAACUAGUAGGAGUACAUUUUGCCCAAUAGUGUCCACCUUACUGUCAGAAAAUCAAAUCUGGAUGCCUUACUUCAGAGUUUGGCAAAGCAAAUCAAUUCGGGUGGCUUGAAAUGCACACAACUCUUUCAAUUAGCAAGAAGAUUGGUCAGUGAACAACAGACAGCCUUGCAACCUUUUAUCUUUAUAUCUUUAUACCCUGCAGCUAGCCAGCCACAACCAAAGAAUUGAUUUCUGUAUUUAGUGAAAUCAAAAAGAUGAAAGAGGGAAAUCAAAGCAAAAGGAAAGAAUAUUACCAGUUUCUUUUAUUCUGUAAGGCAUUUGUGCACACACACAGGAAGGACCCAAAUAUUUUGGCAGAGCAUGUUAGUUGACCCUUUUUGGCUCUCCAAUCCGUCCAUCUGGUAGUGGCACCUGAACAAUCUAUUUGGUGUCCCUCGAGUGAGAUACUCUCUACAUACCCCAGUUGUUUAACUUAACCAAGGAAGUCAGAAAAUUGUUGAAGAGUUGAUCGGAUCUUAAGCCCCAAAUGGAAUUAAUAUAUAUACUGUAGAUCGACGGAUCCAACCAAUUCAUUAUGCGUACAGAGGUUAUCAAGGCGGACACCAUUGAUGCCGCCAUUGAAAGGAUUCUCAGUGAGCUUGGGGCGGACACUAGAAGAAGCAGCAACAGAGAGAAUGCCAUCUAUUUUGAUGGCUGGAACGGGCUUGGGGCAUCUGCGGUCCUGCAAGCCGUAGCCAAACGCCUUGCAGUAUCAAGUGACCUCUCGAUGAGGCCUGCGGGGCUGGAGUUUCAAAAAAUCAUCCACAUUGAUUGCUCAAAGUGGGAGAGCAGAAGAGCUAUGCAGAGGAAAAUUGCAGAGCAGCUGAAGCUUACCGAUUCAGUGAUGGCGAUCUUUGACAAACAAGACGAGGAGGAUGAUUUCAAUGGGUUAGACCAGGUUUUCCGGGCUGAGAUAGCACAAAUUUCCACUGAGAUCUAUCAAACCAUGCAGAAUUGCAGGUUCCUGGUGAUCCUACACAAUGGAGGCAAUGAGGAGAUCGAUAUAUUCAAUCCUGGUCUUUCUCUAUAUGAAUAUGCCAAUAGCAAGAUGUUGUGGACUUUCAGAGGGAGGUUCCGGCUUGACUCCAAGGUGAUAUACAAUGUGAAGAACAGCACAACAACACAUGUUCUUCUUUCAGCUUCAAGAGAUAAGCGAGAUCUGAAGGAGUUUUGGUCUUAUCUAGUGCGCCAUGAGGCUGCACAAGUUUCCUGGAAUAAGCAUGGACAUGCCAUCAUCGAUUCAGAAAUUGCUGCUAAGUGUGUUUCGUAUAUGCUGAAACAAUCCUGGAUUGGCUCUCACAUCAUUGACUACCACUGGGAUAUCCACGCCAGUAACUAUUGGAUAUGUGAUGGCAUCAUUACACUUGCAGGCAUUGACCAAGCAUGGAAAGUUGGCAAUGCUCUGCAGCACGAGGUGCAGUUGUUGUUGGACAUGGGUAGUCAGCUUAACAAUGAUGAAUCAAGACUAAUGACUUUCAGCUCUCAGCUGGCAGCUCUGCUGAGGCUCAGCGUGCUCAAAAUCUCAAGGUGUGCCUUCAGUUUCUCAUCACCUCCUUUCCUCUGUUGCCAUAGCCUGAGAUUCCUGUGUCUUGAGCACUGUCAAGACCUCCAAACAAGAACAAGCACCACCGAUCGUUACCAGUCAGAUGCAGACAAACAGGAGAAGGAGUUGGACAAGAGCCCCAUAAUGUCGUGGCAAUGCUUUCAAAGCUUGUGGGUGCUUGAUGUUCGCUACACAGAUUGGGAUCAGAUCUUGUCCACAGAGGUGGUAGAUCUCAUGACCCAGCUCAGGGAGUUAAACGUGAUUGGAGCCAAGAACUGGGACAUGAGCCAUCUACGGGGAAGGGUGCGUAACAUUCGUAAGCUCCGUGUAUCAAAGUCCACCUGCUUCUUCAAACAUGAUGUGUUCUUAGAGAUUGAAAACAUAGAGCUUCUUGAGUUUUCGGGAAAUACCGUCAGCCGAGGCAUGACAAGCUUAUCUGGGCCAGCAAGCAACAGUAGCCUUAAGACCAUCACUAUUGAUGGAUGUGAUGGGUUAAAAAUAAUCUCUUUCAAGGAUUGCAAAGAAUUGGAGAACCUGUUGUUGAAAGGAUCGAUGUGGGAUCUUGAGGAACUGGAUCUCUCAGGCACAAAAUUAAAAACUCUCGACCUUCGAGGAGUAGAAUCCACACUCCCCGGGCGGAUAAUCCUACUGGGUUGCGAGAGGCUCUGUGCAAUAUUUUGGCCAAAGAGUGUAAUAAAAGAGGAAAAAGAGCGGUAUGUGCUGAGGAUUGACACCACCUCAACAUCAACAUCAACUGGCGGAGAGGAAUCAACACAUGCACAUCCACAGGGUGAUCAAUCCAUCCAGCAGCAGAAAGAAAAACUUUUUAAGGAUGGAUGGCAGAUUUCUUCCACGGAUGCAAGGUUCCUUAGGUCGCUUUCUCCUGUAAGAAGUUAUUUUAGAAAUGCACACUUGCAUAUCGAUAUCUAUUCUUCAGCUAUUCUUGGUGGUAGGAACAUACAACGAACAAGCAGUGACAAACUACCACAUAUCAUGGACUCCGAGUACAGAGACGUCGCGAAGGAUGGCCAUGUUGAAGUGAUAAGCACUCUUUGGCAGGACUCACGCAGAACUUGUAUCAUAAAGGUGAUGAUGAACAGGCAGGGCAACAAGCUCUUGGAGGAUGCUCCAAGUGCUAGUACUAGUGCUUUAUUAUUCCCUGAUUUUAUCUGUGAAGAAGCUACAUCAUUGCACAUAUACGAUAACUCGUCCAUCACCAGUAUCCCGGUACAUCAGGAAGAAUCAGGAUGGACUAACCUAAUGUGGUGCCGGGUCGAGAGGUGCCCCAAGUUACACACAGUCUUCACUAUUCCCAGGGGAAGUCAUGUGGAGGUGCAACUCCGCAAAAUCUGGGGCAGGCCAAUUAAUAAUACUCGUACUACUGCUCCACGCCUGAGGUUCUUGCACCUGGACCACUGCCCCAGGCUCGUCCAUGUGCUCCCCUUCUCCAGAGGGAACAUACUCGCCUCGUGUGCACUCCACACCCUAGAGAUACUAGAGAUAGUGUACUGCAGUGACCUCAAGGAGGUAUUCCCUUUGGAUCUAGAGCUUCACGCGCAGGAUGAUAUGGUUAUAAAAUUCCCCAGCCUGAGGUGCAUCCACCUGCACGAGCUCCCCACGCUGCAGCGCAUCUGUGGGCGCAGGAUGUACGCGCCUAACCUAGAGAUCAUCAAGAUCAGGGGCUGCUGGAGCCUUAAGCGUCUGCCAGCGGUCGAGAGUAACACCAAGCCGCCCAAGGUGGACUGCGAGAAGGAAUGGUGGGACAACCUAGAGUGGGACGGGCUGGAGGAGCACCACCACCCUUCCCUCUACGAGUCGAGCCACUCAUUGUACUACAAGACCCAGCUCCCCAGAGCCAGCCUACUUAGGUGA